AUGAAGCGCAACAGUCUAGACUUCAUGGCUGGGCCCUGGCCUAAAGCCUUCAUGGCCGCUGCGUCAUUACAGGCCAUCGUGUGCCUGGCAUUCGAAUCUUAUACCUUUGCCAUGUUCCAGACACAUCUGAGGGAAUCUGUAUUGAAAGUCGACAGCGACACUAGCGCUCAGUACAAGACGAUCCCGACCUUCCUGACGCUUUUCAUCUUCGGUUUCCUGUACGAGCUAUUACUUGUCUGGGACGCCCUUCGCUUGAAAAACACCAUUCAGAUCAUCGGAAUUUGCAUCGCAAACCUGGCCCUGCUGGUGUACACCGCCAUUCAAAUAGAUCAAAUUCACGAGGCUCUAACCCUAUUGGGCCAGAACAAUGGACUGGACGGAGGCUACACCAACACGGCCGGCGUGGUGAUAACACCCCAGGCGGCACUAUGGGAAGAGGUGCAAGGUUUCCUCAUCGCGAUCCCCAUUAUACUCGCAGUGGGGACCCUCGUCAUGUCGUUCAUCGCUUGGAAGCUGUACCAGGUCUUCGCAUGGGAUAUCCUCAAGCAGAUUGGAGCCGAUUACAGAAUGAAGAAGAGGUUUCUUCACUACCAGGUUUACAUCGCCCUGCUCAAGUUCGAUUUUUUCUUCUUCCUAGGUUUCACUGUGCAGUUCAUAGUCAUCGUCACUGGUUACACCGACGCCGAGAUGUACCUGACCAUCGCUGCUAUCCCGAUCACCAUUCUUAUCCUCCUCGCAGCGGCGUAUCUCACCAGACAUGAGAACAAGAUCGGGACCGUGUGUGUCAUCAUCUGUUACGUCGGCGCUCUUGCGUACUUUGUGUUCAAGCUUGUGCGUAUCUACCAACCAAGUCACGCGGCUUUCUACAUGCCGGUGCGCAAGAGUCUGACGGCAUUUGCGGUGUUGGCUAUCCUGCUGUUGAUACUCACCAUCACCAACGCAUUCUACUGCAUGAACAACUAUGGGGCCGGCCUCAAGAUGCACCUGCUCAAGAAGAAGUCGGCCGAAGAGAAGGGUGAUGGGGGUAGCAGCGUCGACAUGCAUGCCCUGAAACCGUCGGUGCCAACGCGCAUGACAAUCGACUAA